AUGGAACGUGAGCUCGCAGUGGGCACCGCGACGCCGCGGCGUCACCCGGACGCGCGUUCGGAUAGGUCAGUUAUCGGGGAACAAACUAGCUGCCGGCGGGUUCGCGUUAGAAUCCUGUAUCAGCCUUUCUCGCACACAGAUCGACCGAGGAACAAUUCUGAAGAGAUGCAGCGGUGUCCGUAUCUCCACGAGAUGAAGGAGCGCCUGCUCUCGCAGCCGACACCGACAGACAGCCUGGACAUGGAGCGGCUCGAUGGCACUCCUGUCAAGGAGCCCAAUCUGCACAACGAUUACCCUGCUCACACGAACCCCGGGGUCAUACCGGAACCACCGGAAAUGCCGCCUGAUUCGCUCAUCGGCACCGUCGUCAAGCUGAAUUCCGAUGGCUACGGCUCGCACACGUCGCCGGCGCACGCGAGGCAGCCCCUGGUGCCUCAAAACGCGAACAACCCACCCCACUGCCUCACCCCUACGCACUCUGGCCCGACCACUGGCACGCUGCCAAAGAACGCAAAGACCUCGCUGUUCAUUAUCAUGAGCUUCAUCUACGCGAAGCUGCUGGUGGUGGUGUGCAUCGCUUACGUGAUAAGCGAGGUGGUCACGCACAAGCUGCCACUCUACUACUACGAGGGAUUCUUCACGUAUCUGUACGGCGUUAGCAUCCUGUUCCUGCUCUACGUGUUCUGCUUCCUGCUGCAAGAGAGCGCCUGCUGCUCGAGGGGUAGCGACACGCCACCGCCGCCUCCGAGGCCACCGAAACCACCCAAGGAGCCGAAGGAGAAGAACAAGAAGAAAGACAAGAAGGACAAGGAGCAGAAGUCGUCGAAAAGCAAGAAAGAGUAUCAGGAUGCCGCUGACGUCGAGGCUGGGGUGGCCACUAGGGCUCUACGAAAGCGGAAGACUUCGCAGAACGACCAGAGUCAUGGAAGCUUCUUCCUCAGGAUUGGAACGAUCGCUUUCGGAUUGGGCACGAUGGUCUACAAUGGCUUAGAAUUCGGCACCUUCUUCGAGGUGCCGCCUACGUCACCGUGCUAUCAGAUCCUUCAAGGAGUGAAUCCGGUUCUUCAAAUGAUUUUCACGUUCAUGCAGAUGUACUUCAUCUUCAUGAACUCGAGGCUGAACAUUCAUCGCUUCAAAGUGAUCGCGCGUUUCGGCCUGAUGCACGUGAUGGCCACCAAUCUCUGCGUCUGGAUUCGCACUCUGGUGUUGGAGAGCAUCAAGGAGAUCACGAAGCACCAUCAGAAAAUGGGCCAGUUCGAAGCAGGCAUUCUCGAGAGCAUUAAGCAGCACUCGAUGCGAAACGCGGGAGCCAUAUUGGGAACAGCGCCACGAGACGUGGCCCUGUUGCGAGAGGCGCCAUUAACCGCCACGAGGUCGUCGACCGUUUUCUCGUCGGUCGCCACGGUAGCAGCCUCGUUGGGUCGAGUGAUGAAGACCACGGCGAAUGCGAUCGCGAAUGCUGUCACCACACCGGCAUCGGCCAGUACUUCCGGUUGGAACCCUCCGACCACCACGACUACUUCCACCUCAGCCUCUCAGCCUAGUUUGACUACGACCACUGCCAACACUUUGUCCACGUUCCUCACUACGCUCACAUCGAACGCUACUGCCGACGAAAGGACCAACCCGACUACUCCAACUACGACCACUACGACCGCCACCACCACCUCCACCACCACCACUACCCCUACCACGUCCACGACAUUCUCGUCUUUCUUCAUGGACCUCAUCGAUGCACCUCAGGCUGAUACCAAAGAGGAGGUACACCAAUUCUUCAACCCGAGAAAUCAGACGAACAGCAGCGAAUACUGGAGCCCGAACUACGGAGCCUACGCGGAGGCGCUGACGGACGAGGAGAUGGCAUCGAAUUCUUGCGGUCGAGUGAAUAUCAUGGGGACCAUAGUGCAAGACGCAGAACCGUACCUGUUCCCGUUCAUCAUCGAGUACAGUCUGAUCAGCGCUGCUGUGAUCUAUGUAAUGUGGAAACACAUUGGACGACAUCCUCGUUGGCCUCAUCAAGUCGAAGCCGACCUAGAGCGCCGUCUAGAGGCUAUGCUGUCUCGAAGGGCUGUCGCCUUGGCUCACGCAGGUCACACGAGGGUGGACUGCGUGGGAGCGAGCAAAGGAUUGUUCUUCGGCCUGUUGCUACUGGUCGGCUCGCUGAUCUGCCUGAUCCUGUUCUUCGUGCUGAUCCAUCAUCCGGACUUUGGUCUGGUCGCCAUUUACCUAGCAGGCGUGUCUCACUGCGUGCUGAUGGUACUCUCGAUCGUGGCCAUAAUCGUGGGAUUCAUACGUGUGCAGAGCUUGAAAUUCAAAGCCGAAGAGCAGAGCGUGUUGAACGACAUUCUCCUGCGCGUGUCCGGCUUCGGUUUGUACGUCUACUCGGUGUUCAGCGUGAUCGCUGGCUCCUUGGCGGCGUUCACUCACGAGCCGAACCUUCUGGUGAUGCUGACCGGUCUCCUGUCAGUCGCACAGGUGAUCCUUCAGAUGCUCUUCAUAGCGGACGUGUCCCGCAGACGGGUCCACCUGCCCGAGCACGACCGUAGCAAGCCUGGCCGACAGGUGGUCACCUUCCUGCUAAUCUGCAAUUUGACCAUGUGGGUGAUCUACACGUUCGAGUCGCAGAAGGUGAUGGCGAACCCGGUGCAGCUCGAUUUCUACGGGUUCCUCGCCUGGGCCAUCGUGCAGAGGGUCACCCUGCCGCUCUGCAUCUUCCACAGGUUCCAUAGCGCGGUCACGUUCGCGGAGAUAUGGAAGACCAGCUACAAGGCGCGUCUCGACUAGACGAAGAGGCCGCUCUUUGGGAUCAGUGGCCCGGAGUGAUCGUCGUUCGCGGACAGAAUCGAGGGAUAGAUCGAAGAACGGUGAACCACGAGGUCCAGGUUGCCUUUCGACGACUCGAACAUUCCAUUCCCGGCUGCACGAUCCAUCUCGACCUCCUUCGCCCGAUGUUCCCCCGAGUCGAUCGAGAUCCCGGCUCGAAGACUGGGACGGAAGGGAUGGGAUUAUCAGCUGCAGGUAAGGGGAGACUCGGAGAAGCUGGUCGAUGAUAAUUGGACAUAUCUUGGGGCGUUCGUGGAUCGCUGGAGAAAUCGGGGCAGCUUGGGGCCUCCUUCUAGGCCGUUCUCGGCAAGAACGGUCGAGGAUGAAGCGCGGAACAGGGGGCGACAACGAAGACGUUGCUUUUACGGUCCUCAUCGAGGAAAGAACGGGGAACUCGAUCGACGAUUUAACAAAGGUCGAGGGCCAAAGUGGAAGGCGCAGGUGUGGAUGCUGCGUCCUCGAGGUCGGAACUUCGCGUGGAAAGUCCCUGCAGAGGAUCGCGAAGCGUCGUUUUAUUUUUUUACGCGCGUUAUGUAUUUUAUCCUCGGUUCUCUUAGCAUAAAACGGCUUGGACGUUGCUUCCUUGAUCGGUAUAGCCAGACGAGAGAGCACGGAUCAGGAGGAAACAGGUUGAUCGAUAACCGCCGAGUUGACGAAAUUUCGAAAAUAGGGACAGAGCAGAGAAUUAAACGAUCGUAUUCGCCACGACGUAAAGCACAAAAAGAGCUAUAGAGAGACAAAAGUACAGAACCAGCACCGAGUACGUGCAAUGCCAUUUCACGAAAUAGGGCCCAUUUCCUUUCACCGCGUUUCGCACCUUUUACGAUCUCUAUAUACUGCCGUCAAAUUUUCUACUUUUAUAUAUUAUAUAUGUACCUUCGCCCCAUCGUGCAUCGAGAGCAUUCGAGGGUUUGUUUCGCUCUUCGACCGCUCUGGGUCUGCGUCGUCCGACAUCUUGGAAUCGCGGUGCACCGUGGACCCGUUCGGCACCACGUGACCAAGAUGGCGGGGACUCGCGGAGAAACCGAGGGGACACGAAGAGCGAAGGAUCUUCUCGAGGAAGUCACCUCAUAUUAGCUGAUCGAGUACACUCUCCGUUAGCAUGGCCCACGAUAGUUGAUAGGCGAAUAGAGCCCGUGCGAUCUCUUUCUCGCGAGGAAAGCGCAAGAGGGAUGAAAGACGGUGCGAGCUGGCGGGAAAAUCGGAGAAGAGACUCGAUGCAGGAACAGGGUAAUUCCGUUGCGCCGCGUUCAAGCAAGAUGAUACGACGCUUUUUGGUCUCGCGAACGAUAUGUUUUGUUCACGCGAGCACAAGGACUCGCCGUUCCCUCGGCAAAGGACCACGCUUGUCCGCUCGUUUGCCGACCGAUCGACAAACAGCAAAUCAAACAACCGGACGGAGAAGACGCGCCAAAACAAUUCCGACGUUCUUUCUCGUUGCGUGCUGCAAAGUACAAAAUUCUUUCUAACUUUUAGAAUCUUUUAUCGACACACACACACACACACCCUUUCGACGUUCACGCUCCGUACAAAGCGUUCCCACGAUAUCGAUGUACUCGAGUCGCAGACGAACGACGUUCGUGUAUAAAUGGAAGAGAAUAGGACGAGGAUGGCGACGACGAUGGCGGAGAAUGCGGAGAAGGAAGAAUCGUGUAUAAAGAGUAGAGAGUAUUUCCAUUUUCUUUCCCCUUUUUCUCAUUUUUCGUCCUCCGCUUCGCGCUACACGCGGACGUGUUCGCGCCGCGGCGGAGCGGAGACGAUGACGAACCACGGAUGUAGAUUUUAUCGCGAGAUUAAGAGAUUAUGAGUAACGAAAUAUCGUAGACGUGGUUUCAAGAUGGACGUGUAAGGGAAGAUUAUACGACGACGAAAUUGUAGCAUGGUACACUGGUAGUGAAUCCUACACACGAACACGCAUACACACACACACAGAGACAGCCACGCAUACCACCGACGAGGGGAGGUUACCAUUGAUUACCAUCGAUUAUCAUCGAUUAUCAUCGUCGAUUAGCGUUCUCGAAGCUAUCUCGAGAGCUCGAGAGAAGACAGGUGGACCUUUCGCGUUCGAUUCGCUAUGGAUAUGCAUCGUAGAGCAAUGGUCGAGCAAGCAGAGAGAAUACGUGUGUUUACAUAGUCGUUAUACAUUGAGAAAAUCCCUCCACGGAUCCCGUGAAACCGAGAAGAAAGAUGGAAAGAAAUCCAACCCCUCCUCCCCAACCGGAAGUCUCCCUGGUCGAAGUACGUACCUAGUUAUUCGAGUCUAAAUAUUUUAAUUCUUAGACGUAUGUAUAGGUGAAAGAGGAACAAAGAGAGAGAGAGUGAGAACGAGAGAGCGAGUGAGAAAGAUAGAUGGGUGUGAGGAUAAGAGGAAACGAGAGGGACGAAGUUGUGACACUAAUUAUACAUAAAGAUUAAUUAUACAUAAUUGUAAUCC